UAGUAUAGUUUAUGAUGAAAGAUUGGCCAAAUAGUUUUACCCUUAAUUCAUAGAUGGAAGCGCCAAGCUGUAUAGUAAUUUAGUCGUAACGUGUACGUAUUGUUUACACGUUUUGGUCGUAUGUCGUAGUUGUUUCUUCUGCUCAUCGUAAGCUCGGUUGCGUUCUUGAAUGCAAAAUGAGUGAUAGGGAUUUAACCGAUAAGGAGUUGGAGGGAAUAAUUAAUAAUAUGAGCGAUUGUGAAUACGAAUCGGACGUCGAUGACUCAGUGGGUGAUCCAGACUUCGAGAAUUUCAGUUCAUCAGAAAGUACCGAUAGUGAAUUCGAUGCUGGCACUGCAAGAAAAAGAAAGAAGCUAGAAAUUUGUGUGGUAGCAAAUGCAAAUGUCGGGGCUAUAGACACUCCUGUUGACAGUGAAGUGAAUUUGUCUGAAAGCAGCGAGAGUAGCUCAGCAGCCCCAACAGAGAUGUAAGUGGAUCACAUGAAGUUCGAGUUAUCUGGAAUGAUUGUUCAGGAAAUUUGAAGGAUCAUCCGUUCAAUGCCAACCCAGGAUUCUCUGCAGAGUUUUUUGCGAAAAGAAGCGGAGAUGAGCCUUUAGACUUUUAUAAGCUUUUCUUGGCCGAUAUCAUACCUAUGAUAGUUCAAGAAACAAACCGCUAUGCGACGCAAAAAAUUAUAUCAUGCA